GUUUAAGUGGUCCCAUUAGUGUUUAGACCUAUAGAGGAUGCAAGACUGAUGGCAUGCCCUGCUGUAACCCUGCUAAGCAAUAUUGUGGAUUAGCUACAUUGCCGACAGCAAUAAUUAACAGGGAAAAAGAUCUUCAGCGCGUUUUUUCUUUCUUUUUCUUUUCUUUUUUUUUCCGGAGAUCUCUAGUCUGAAGCCACGCACGUCCAGCUGCGGCUUGCGUUGCGCUGUCAUCAUGUCAGAGAGCGGCGGCGCGCGGAGAAGCGAGCGGAUGUGACACCUGCUCCGCCGCUCCUGCAGACUGACACCACCGGAGGCCAUAUUUGGGGCGGGUGAGCCAAGAGCUGCUGAAAAACAUCUGCCCUGGCCUGCUGAGAUGCUGAGAUGCGAUCCCACUUCAAGGCCAGUCGCGCUGUGUGUUUGCGGCCACUGAGACAUUUUCUCCGUUAAAGCGGCGCGUGCAGCCGUAAUGCGGACACGCACGGAGAGAGAGGCACGCGACGAAGCAUCCGCGACUGAGGAUUUCUCUGAGGCUCCCUGUAGCUGGACGUCUGUUACUCCCGCAGAGAUGGGAUCCCAUUCGUAUUGUUUUAUUUAGUCAUCCCUCCACGCGUCUAUUUCGGUCAGCGCUGAAGGAGCCGUUCUCAGAGGGACUGGGCGAUCAUGCUGUAACGGGAAAAAGCGGGAUUUGGUGGGAAGAGGGGCGGUGUGCCGCACGAAGCAACCUCAUAUCUACACAAGGGGUGGUAUUACAACAGCGAACACAGAUGGAGGCCCUAUUUGUUUAUUUGAUGGUCAUGAUCAUGGCAAUAAAAGCCCAGAAGAUCCAAAUAUGUCCCAAACGUUGCAUUUGUCAAGUGCUGCCUCCCAACUUAGCCACCUUAUGUGACAAAAAGGGGCUGCUUUUUGUUCCCCCAGACAUUGACAGACACACAGUAGAACUCCGACUUGGUGACAAUUUUAUCACAACUGUCAAACGGAAGGAUUUUGCCAACAUGACCAAGCUUGUAGACUUGACACUCUCUAGGAACACAAUAGGCUCUAUCACACCUCAUGCUUUCAAUGAUCUGGAGAACCUGCGUGCCCUGCACUUGGACAGCAACCGUCUGACACGAAUCACAAACGACACCUUUAGCGGGAUGUCCAAGCUCCAUCAUCUCAUUCUGAACAACAACCAGCUCACGUAUAUUCACAUAGGAGCGUUUAACGACCUCCUGGCCCUUGAAGAGCUUGAUCUCUCCUACAACAAUCUAGAGAGUGCCCCAUGGGUGGCCAUCCAGCACAUGACAAGCCUGCACACCUUAAGUCUGGACCACAACAUGAUAGACUAUAUACCUGAGGGCACAUUUUCAGGCCUCAUGAAACUAAAACGUCUGGAUGUCACUUCCAACAAGCUUCAGAAGCUUCCACCUGAUCCAGUCUUCCAGCGUGCAGGUGUUUUGGCCACAUCAGGCGUUUUGGGUCCGUCAUCAUUUGCAUUGAGCUUUGGGGGGAACCCAUUACGCUGCAAUUGCGAGUUGCUGUGGUUAAGGAGACUGCGGCGUGAGGAUGACCUGGAGACUUGCGCUGCUCCACAGCAUCUCUCGGGACGUUACUUCUGGACGGUGUCUGAAGAGGAGUUCCUGUGUGAGCCUCCUCUCAUCACACGUCAUUCCCAGGAGACCCGGGCAUUAGAAGGCCAACAUGUUACUCUGCGCUGUAAAGCACGGGGUGACCCAGAUCCUGUUAUUCAUUGGAUUGCCCCUGACGGUAGACUAGUAUCCAACUCAACCCGAACAGUGGUGCACAAUGAUGGGACACUAGAUAUCCUCAUCAGCACAGUGAAAGACUCUGGAUCGUUCACAUGUGUGGCAUCCAACCCUUCUGGAGAAGCACAGCAGACUGUUCAGCUAGUUAUCAUCAAACUGCCACAUUUCACUAAUGACACAAGCUUAGUACAGGAGCCAGAUCCCGGCUCCUCAGAUAUUGCUACAUCCACCAAAUCAGGUGGAGAUGGUGGCACUGUCAUUGGCAGCACAAAGGCUGGUCAGGAAAAACGGGUGAUGAUUUCUGAAAUUACAUCCUCCUCUGCUCUGGUGAAGUUUAACUUACAACGGAAUAUACCAGGGAUUCGGAUGUUCCAAAUCCAAUACAAUGGCACCUAUGAUGAUUCGCUAGUCUACAGAAUGAUCCCUCCAACCAGUAAAAGCAUCCUGGUGAACAACUUGGCAGCUGGGACAUCGUAUGACCUCUGUGUGCUUGCAAUUUAUGAUGAUGCAAUGACCACUCUUACAGCUACCCGCGUGGUGGGGUGUGUUCACUUUGCAACAGAGCCCCAGUACCUCCGGUGCCACUUCAUGCAAUCGCAGUUCCUUGGAGGAACCAUUGUAGUCAUCAUUGGAGGUAUCAUUGUGGCCUCAGUCUUGUCUUUCAUCAUCUUCCUUAUUGUACGUUAUCGAGUGUGCAACCAGGAGGGAGAGGACAAGGGAGUAGAGCUGGGAGAAAUUCGUUCUCAGUCCAGGAGCGAGCAGCUGCAGGUCUGCGGAAUCAUCAAGUCCAUGUCCAAGCAGGUUCUGGGUGUGGAGAUGGAUGCGUGUCGGAAGGUUUCCCCACAGCUGGAGUCAAUGCCCACAUUAGGAACUAUGCCUGGGCCUCGGCCCUCUAAACCUGCCCUUCCUGACUGCACCGUUACUACCUCUGCUGCCAGUCAUAGCUGGCAUCCUGCCUCCCCAAACUCCCAGCGUCCCAUGCAUGCUGCCUCACACAAACCUGCAGGCCCUCAAAAACCAGACACACAGAUCAGUGUGGAGCUUGACAACACCAACAAAAACAACUCAGCCAAGGUGCGUCCCAAAUCUGCCCAAAUACGAGCCUACUCCACUACAGUGAUGCCAGUGCCCAGAAGGGUACAGCUUGAGUCCUCACGCUACAUGACUGUUCCAGUGGGGUGUAUGAGAGUGAGUCGCAGACACUCUCUAAAUGUAGACUCCUGUAAGCAGACCAGCUAUGGGAGUCUCCCACAGCAGACUGGCAGCCUUCGCUCCAAACGUAGUCUGUCCAUGAGCGGUGGAGAUCUUCCCCAGUUAGACGUUUCAGCCAAAAUCCAUGGAAAAGACUCACUGUCCAGGUCAGAAUGGGUUCUAGAAAGCACACUUUAAUUAGGUUUUUUACAACCUUAUCACACUGGUUUUGGUAGACUUACAGACCAUUUUAUUAUUAUAGGUCAGACUAAAAACUCAAACCUUUUAAAAGUAUUUGGUUUCUGUCUUGGACAUGGCACUCUUACAUAGUGGGGGAAAAAAAGGCAACAGACUGAUCAAUGUUUUUUUUUUUUGUUUUUUUUUGUUUUUGUUUUUUUUUUAAGAACAAACAAAAUACCAUUUUCUGCAUAUACUAAAUAAUGCAGUUGACAUGUAUAUUACUUUGUUAUAUGGAGUAAUCCAUACAGUACAUCCUGUAUAAACAUGUUAUGUUGUGUAAAAUAAAAUGUCAAAAGCCUCUUUGUUUUCAUCUGAUAUUUAAACAAUGAAGCUUGCCAAAGUAAUUAAUCUGACAUGUCAUCAUUAGUUAGGAAUAAUAGGCAGAACAUUUAGUGAAUAUAAAUAUUUAUUUUCUAAAACUCACCCUGUAGUCAAUAUUGUUCCUGAUUACGCUCCAUUAUCAGUGUUGUGAGAUUAGUGUAAUGAUUUCUGGUCAAUAUAUGUUCUAAACCCAUCCAGAUACACACAAAAACACGAUACGACAGCGUUAAUCCCUGAAUAAUGCUACAGCAACGUACACUGUACAGAAAUCAUCAUCUUAUUUAAUAGUAGGUAGGUGCCAGGAUUUGUUUAUUAACUGCACAGUGAACCUUCAAGUACUUGUAAUGGGACCUAAUGUUAUACAAUUUAGGGGGUGUGGCAAUCUUAAUAAAACUGUGAAUAAAUCAUAUGUAAAUUGGGUAAUUGGGUGUGGAGAGCAGUUUUAGAUUCAUAAUUAAGCAAUUACUCUUUAAAUCCACCCAAAUCAUGCCAUACCAGCACAGAUUUUGUUUAACAGCCCAAGCACAAUUUAUAUGCACAAUGCACAAAAGUAGCCCAGUUGGG